AGCCAAAAGCGAGUGACCCGCACUAGAAUCUAGAUAGACACCGAGAUAUGGAGGUGUUGAGAAGAACGAAGAAGCUGAUAUGAUGAAGAACCUCUAGGCUUCCUCUCUCCCAUGAGUCAUGGCAGCAUAUCAGUUACCCACGUCCUUUCUUACGGUUUCGUAUCUCCAAUCUCCUUUCUCCUCUGUUCUCUCGCUUCGGAACUCAGUGACCAUUGGUGUUAUCUCCAAUCUAUGUUUUCACGAAGCAGGCCCGGCGCUGCGUAAUUCUAGAGGAAUAGAGUCUGUAAGAGCAGUUGUUAAUGGUGACUAUGGUGCUCCGGAUGCGCUUAAAACCACUCGCAGAGGCAGGAAGAAGGGAACCUCAACUUCAGCUUCCACCACAGCCCCUACAAGAAAAAGAAGCCUUUCGAAGAAACAAGAAAUUGACAAUGGAGCUGCAGGAGUAAAGGAUGUAAAAGAUGUAAAAGAAGAAACGAAGAAAGAAGCUGCAAUUUUAACGGAGGAAGAAGAAGAAGAUGCUUAUGACGAUGGGAUGGAUUCUUAUGAUUAUCCCCCGCUAAUUUGUUGCUUUGGCGCAGCACAGAAAGAGUUUGUGCCGACGGUCAGGGUUUCCGAACAACGGAUGCAUCCUGACAUUUACUCCCAAUGGAAGAUGCUUCAGUGGAAACCUCCGGAAUUCGUCAGGGCUCCUGGCGGAUCCCCUUCGAAUGUUGCCAUAUCGCAUGUCAGACUUGGGGGCCGAGCCGCGUUCAUGGGGAAGGUUGGGAAGGAUAAUUUUGGGGAUGAGUUGGUUUACACCAUGAAUAAAGAGAAGGUUCAGACGCGUGCUGUGAAGUUUGAUCCUAAGGUGAAGACCGCAGCGUCCUAUAUGAAGCUCAAGUUGGAGAACGGGAAGAUGAAGGCGGAAACUGUGAGGGACUGCGCAGAGGAUUCCUUUCGACGCUCUGAAGUCGACUUGGCCGUGCUAAAAGAGGCCAGAAUUUUUCAUUUUAAUUCAGAAGUUCUUACAACGUCAUCUAUGAAAUCUGCCUUGUUUAGAGCCAUUAGAGCGUCAAAAAAAUUUGGGGGACUUAUAUUUUUCGAUUUGAAUUUGCCUUUGCAAUUGUGGAGAUCUCGUGAUGAAACAAGGGAGGUGAUCAAGCAGGCAUGGAACCAGGCUAAUAUCAUUGAGGUAUCAAGGGAAGAGCUAGAGUUUCUUCUAGAUGAAGACUAUUAUGAGAGGCGAAGAAAUUACAAACCACAAUACUACGCCGAAUCUUUUGAGCAAACGAAGGACCGACGUGAUUAUUAUCAUUAUACUAAGGAGGAGAUUGCCCCAUUGUGGCAUGAUGGAAUGAAGUUAUUGUUUGUGACUGAUGGAACACUGAGAAUUCAUUACUAUGCUCCAUCAUUUGAUGGAGUGGUGAUUGGGACAGAAGAUGUGCUUAUAACACCAUUUACUUGCGAUAGAACUGGUUCUGGUGAUGCUGUUGUGGCUGGUAUCUUGAGAAAGCUGACGACCUAUCCACAGAUGUUUGAAGAUCAAGAUGUGUUGCAGAGGCAGAUUCGUUUUGCAAUUGCAGCUGGAAUUAUAUCACAGUGGACAAUUGGUGCUGUUAGAGGUUUUCCAACUGAGAGUGCCACACAAAAUUUGAAAGAGCAGGUUUAUGUACCUUCAUUAUGGUGAGAGUGUUUUUCAUGUUAUGAGACAACUUGGGAUUCUUGGGGUGAUAGGUAGCACUCAUCUGACACUGGAUAUUUCUUGAGAACUGAUUUAGCUUGGUAGACAUAAUGGAGAUCAUUGGCAUCCUUAAAUAUUGGGUGUUCAAUAAAUUUUGGAAGGACUAGUGAAGUUGGGAAUUGAACAAUGUAGGGUCGUUGGUUGCCUCUUUGACUAGUUCCUGAGCAGUACAUGAGAAAUGCAUAAGGAGUAUUUCUCUAUUGCGACUCUGCAAUGUUGAGGUUGUGAGCAGAGUUUCAGAAACUGGACUCAGUGUGUGGACAGAGAAGUGCUUUGUAUCAGGGGACAGUUGAAGACCCUUUUAGAUGGCUGCUGCUUUCACGGUUGAUGCUGCUAGUGUGCCUUUUUAAAUCCCUACCCCCAAACACCCCUCCUUUCACAGCUGCAGGGUUUGGUAGGGUGUUUACAUAUCUGUUGCAUUCUGCUCAUUUUACCUUUGAUAGCCAUCAUGCUGAACAUGUCUCUCCCAUUGUAGUGUUGUUUGUUUCCAUCUUGGUUUGCUCCCAUAUUCUGAUUUGGUCACAGAUGGUGAUUGAAAUGCUUGUGUUGCCACUCUUCGUCUCACA